GGGCACACAGACAGUGUCCCGGUCCGGGCGCUGACUGCCGCCAGCGUCGUUAUUAUUCCGCGGCGCUCCUCUCCGGACCCCGUCUCCGUCUUGGCGUCGCCACGCCACCGCCACCGCCACCGCUCCUCCGCCGGCGGGGUUGCAAGUCUCCAGCCCAGCCAUGGAUGGGAUCAUGAAGGCGCUCGAUCACACCGUCCGGGAGAUAAAGCGAGAGGUCAAUCUCAAGGUGCUCAAGGUGCCAGAGAUCGAGCAGAAGGUUCUUGACGCGACCAGCGAUGAGCCGUGGGGGCCUCACGGUUCAGACAUGGCGGACAUCGCACGGGCCACCAAGAAUAUCGGCGAAUGCCAAAUAAUCAUGAAGGUGCUGUGGCAACGGCUGGGCAACACCGACGCAAAUUGGCGUCACCUGUAUAAGGCGCUGGCUGUGGCUGAGUAUCUUCUGGCCAAUGGCACUGAGCGCGCAGCCGAGGAAAUUAUCGACAACAGCUCACAGAUUGCGAAACUCACGACAUUCGAGUUUGUGGAGCCUGGUGGAAAAGACGUUGGGCUCAAUGUGCGCAAGAAGGCCGAAGCUGUUCUGGUCAUUGUGGAUGACAGGGAAAAGCUUCAACAAGCCAGGGAGAAGGCUGCUUCUACGAGGGACAAGUACUUGGGGGUGUCAUCAACUGGAAUGUCAUCAUACAAAUCAAGCGCAGCAUCAUUUGGCAGUGGCACCUACUCCUCUGGUAGUCGCUACGGGAGCACAGCUGGUUCGAGGGAAACCGCCUCGUUCAAGGAUAGACACACUGGCACAGAAUUGAGCAAGAACAAUAAUAAGCCAAGUUACAGCAGCACUAGACAAAGGUCAAAAGAAACUACUACUAAGAGUGCAAAUAGCUCUAAAUUAGCAAAAGGAGGCUCCAAAUCGAUGUCGAAUCCGCGUGCCACACCUGCUGUUCCAAGUUCACAGAAAGGAAAGAAUGAGGAUGAUGGCGACGAGUUCAAUCCACGAGGAUCUUCCACAUCUGCUGGAACAGCUAAUGUGAGCUCCAAUAAUUUGGAUCUCUUUGGGCCAAGAUUAAUGCCAAACGCUGGUAGUGCUGCUGUGCCGGAAAUUGAUUUGUUUGCGUUUGCAGAUUUCCAGUCAGCCCCAUUGGAGGCAGCAACGUCAAGUGGUUCUCACCCUCAGGGCAACAUUGAUCUAUUUGCUGGCAGGCCAUCCUUUGGUGGCUCAGCUACUGCAGACAUGGAGUUCUCAGUACGUGGUGCUCCCAAUAAGCAUAUAGAGCAAAAAACUUCUUCCCCUGCGCAGCCCUCUGCGUCUGCUUUUGAUCCCUUCAACCCAUCCUUUGCCGCAAUAUUCCCUUUGGACACAGAGUUCUCAGUGCGUGGCACCCCAAGCAAAUCCUCACAAGGAAAGCUUUCAAGUGACACAGCUUUCGAUCCUUUGGCUGGAAUUCCGGUGAAGCGUUUCAAUGGAUCAAACUCUUCUGGUGUAUGGUCUUCAAGUAAAGGGUCAGCUGUUACUGAACCAACACAUGGUUCUCCUGGGGCCAGCAAGAGUUCUGAUUGCAGUCCUUCGGAGGAGUUGAACUUUGGCGCCUUUGCGUCGCAUGAGGGAUCACGCACGGCAAGUGUCACCAAAUCCAUGAACGAGUCACUCGCAAAGCAGAAGCAGGACUCCAUGGCAGCAUCAAAACCAGCUGUGAAGAAAGAGACUUUUCGGGGCAAAUCUAGCAUUUGGGCCGACUCUUUGAGCCGUGGGUUGAUUGAUUUGAAUUUAGCUGCCCCAAAGAUGGUUGAUCCUUCAGAUGCCAGGGUCGUUAGGCGGCUCAGCAACGGCUCUGAGGAGAAAGCCCCAGAAACUGUUCCAUGGUACAUGGAGGCAGCAACAGGCACUCCUGAGUUUCCACGCUCCACGGGAGCAGGUGGUGAAAGCCGCAUUUUCUAGCAGCAGCACUUUGGGAACUUCAGUGACUGGAUAAACUAAAGUGAGGGUCAGAAUCGCGCGAGGCUCGGUUUGUUGACUGCGUAGAAAUUGGUUUGUCAUACUCGCCGUGGCCUGGGGGUUGCUGGAGGAGCUUCUCCAAAAGCGGGUGCGCCUUCUGUCUGCUCCCUUUUCGUGAGCCGCUGGGCCUUUGCAACAAGUCUCAUUGCACUCAAUGCUUUGCAACACGAGCUUUGUUGCAACCCUGAACAGCUUUUUUUAUGUUGUAUGCUAGUCGUCCAAUUCUGCUUGAUGUACCUUUGCAACAAGCCUCGUGUUGCGCUCAGUGCUUCGCAACAUUAGCCUUGUUGGAGUGCCUUGAACAAUUUUUUUCCGGCUUUGCUAGAACUCAUCUAGCUGAGUUUU